AUGUUCCUUCUCGUUCUUUUUACAUUCAGCGAUGCUUACAAUUCUUCGACAUCAAAGAAUGCUGAUCCUAUUGUCAUCGAAGUGAAUUGGUCAGCACAGGAUUACCUUCUACAUACAACACCAAGUCUGCAGAUUGUCACGAACCCACUAGUAUCAAGACAAUUUUCGCCUAUCAGCAAACGAAUAUUUGCCAACUUAGCACAACUCAAUGCUGAAUAUACGCGGUAUGCUGCUUGGUAUCCCUAUCCAAAAAUGGCCGUUGCCGAAUUGGAUCCACCAUCUGGUUUGUUGCAAUGCGGCAAUGUUGGUGAAGGCUUUUCCGUACAUCUAUCAUGCCAACAAAAUGGUGGUAUCAUUCAUUCCGUUGAUUUCGCUUCAUACGGAACAGCGAUGGGUGCAUGUGGUCAGAUGAAGCAGGGAUCUUGUCAUUCAAACAAAAGUUUAGAUAUUGUUGAGCAAGCAUGUCUGGGCAAAGAAGAAUGCAGCGUGCCGGCAUCAUAUGAAAUCUUCGGAGAUCCUUGCUUCGGUACUCACAAGAGAUUACUCGUUCAAAUUCAAUGUAAUCCUCCACAAAAUAAUAGUUACUGGAAUUUCAUCUAUCUCGAUCCGACGUUACAAGAUUUUCUUCAAGCGACCAAUGGUCAUUCCCGUAUUGUCAUGUUUUCGACACAACCUGUGUGGCUAUUUAAACUUAAUCAACCGCAUAUCUAUCCAGACAACGCUACACAAACAGAUUGGGGAUAUCCAGAAGGAUCACAGUUAGUCGACGAUACCAUGCAAGCACUUGGCGACUAUUAUGGUCGUCUGACGGCGUGGUAUACUCGAGGUGGUUUCGUUGACGAAUAUGGUCGAAAACAAUUAUCGAACUAUACAUACAACUGGGAUUACACUGAAAUAUUUAACGAAAUUGAAUUUGAGCAUAAAAUGACACCUGAAUUUUAUACUCGUGCUUAUGAUGCCGUGAUUCAAGGUAUUCGGCGACAUACAAAUAAUACUGAGAUGAAAUAUGUUGGAAUGGCACUUGGCGGCCAUUAUGAAUUCGAUUGGUACCACUAUUUCCUGAAUCAUUCCAAUCAUGCACCUGAUAUCCCACUGGAUAUGAUUUCUUAUCACUUUUAUGCUUCCAGCAAGUCAAGAACGGAUCCCGUUGAUUAUGAAGCAUUUUUUCCUCAGCUUGACACUUUUACAGAUGAAGUCAAACAAAUCGAACAAAUUCGAAAAGCUCUUUCGCCUGAAACAAAAACCACCAUCGAUGAACUGGGAAUUAUUCUCCCUAACGAUAAUGAUAUAGAUGCACCUCAAUUUCCAUUGAUCUACUGGAAUGCAGGUGGAGCUUACUAUGCUUAUGCAUGGGCAAAAAUAUCUCGACAAGGUAUCGAUGUUGUAGGUCACAGUCAAUUAGUCGGCUACCCAAAUUUACCUGAUCUUCAACUUUCACCACAGUUUCCUAGUGUCUCUAUGUUAAACUGGACCACGGGUGCAGGAACAGCUAAAUAUUGGACUUCAAAAUUACUGAUCGAUACAGCUGAUAUCGACAAUGAUGAAGCGGUAAUUACACAAACCACUGAUAUGGGUGAAAAAAGCAUAUUUAGUCAAGCAUUUGUGGGUAAGAAUGGUAGAAGAUGGGUAUUGAUUGUCAACAAACGAUUUACUGACAUCGUGGUAAAAUUACCUGACUCUACCGGUGGUACGUUGCAACUCAUCAAUGAAGCAUCUGGUUUUGGCCCUCCUAUACAGACAGCACUGACAUCGGACCAGAUUGACUUGAGUCCGUUUGCUGUGGCCGUUAUUCAUAUGCCUCAUGCAGAACUCAAGCCUUGA